AUGGCGAGGCGGAAGGCGGCGGCGGCGGGCUCGGGGGCGGUGGCGACGGACGCGGUGGUCUGGGCGGAGGCGGCGAGGGCGGUGGUGGAGACGGAGGCGGGCUCGGAGGCGGCGGGCUCUGUGGUGGGGGUGAGGGCGGUCGUGGGCAUGGGUGAGGCGCCGACGGCGCCGCCGAGGGCGGCGGCGGCGACGAUGCCGGGGGGCUGGGAGCCGGUGGCGAUGGCGGCGGCGGGCUCGGGGGGGGUGGGCUCGGGGGCGGUGGACUCGGAGGCGGUGGCGAGGGCGGUGGAGGCGAGGGAGGUGGCGGGCUGGGCGGGGGUGGGCUCGGAGGCGGCGGCGACGGGGGCGGCGGCGAUGGCGGCGGCGGGCUGGGCGGCGGAGGCGACGGGGGUGGCGGGCUUGGAGGCGGCGGCGACGGUGGCGGCGGGCUGGGCGGCGGCGGGGAGGGCGGAGGCGGACUUGGAGGCGGAGGGCUCGGAGGCGGCGGCGAGGGCGGCGGCGGCGAGGGUGGUGGUGGGGAUGGCGGCGGAGGGCUGGGCGGCGGCGGCGAGGGAGGAGGCGGACUUGGCGGUGGCGGCGACGGAGGGGGUGGUGAGGGCGGCGGAGGAGAAGGCGGCGGCGGGCUUGGAGGCGGCGGCGAGGGCGGCGGCGAGGGCGGCGGCGGCGAGGGCGGCGGCGGCGAGGGAGGGGGCGGCGAGGGAGGCGGAGGGCUGGGUGGCGGCGAGGGCGGAGGGGGCGAGGGCGGCGGCGGGCUUGGCGGAGGCGGGCUUGGCGGAGGCGGCGAGGGCGGCGGCGAGGGCGGCGGCGGGCUCGGGGGCGGUGGCGACGGAGGCGGCGGCGAGGGCGGGGGAGGCGAGGGCGGUGGUGGAGACGGAGGCGGGCUCGGAGGCGGCGGGCUCGGUGGUGGGGGUGAGGGCGGUGGUGGGCUUGGGGGAGGCGGCGACGGCGGCGGCGAGGGCGGCGGCGGCGACGGUGGCGGGGGGCUGGGAGGCGGUGGCGAUGGCGGCGGCGGGCUCGGGGGGGGUGGGCUCGGGGGCGGUGGACUCGGAGGCGGUGGCGAGGGCGGUGGAGGCGAGGGAGGUGGCGGGCUGGGCGGGGGUGGGCUCGGAGGCGGCGGCGACGGGGGCGGCGGCGAUGGCGGCGGCGGGCUGGGCGGCGGAGGCGACGGGGGUGGCGGGCUUGGAGGCGGCGGCGACGGUGGCGGCGGGCUGGGCGGAGGCGGGGAGGGCGGAGGCGGACUUGGAGGCGGAGGGCUCGGAGGCGGCGGCGAGGGCGGCGGCGGCGAGGGUGGUGGUGGUGAUGGCGGCGGAGGGCUGGGCGGCGGCGGCAAGGGAGGAGGCGGACUUGGCGGUGGCGGCGACGGAGGGGGUGGGAGGUGGCGAGGGCGGCGGCGGCGAGGGCGAGGGCGAGGGCGAGGGCGAGGGCGAGGGCGAGGGCGAGGGCGAGGGCGAGGGCGACGGAGACAGAGGCGGAGACGCAUACGUCACCCAAAUCGGGUCGGCCGCACCCACUUCACACACGUGGUCGCCUCGGUACAG